AUAAAACAAGUACAUAUAGACGUAACAUUUCGGCCGUAUUAUUCACCCAUUCUUUUGUCUCCUGAUAAGACCUCCAGACUUCUUACAGAACUAUCAAAGAACCAUUAAACAACUAUAAUAGACAUGGUCAGACAGUCCCUCCUCCUGCUGGUGGCCCUGGUCGGCACCACCCUCGCCGCUAACCCAACCCCUUGCUGCGUCCAUCAUCAGUUCACAGCGGACCUGCUGGAAGUUGGAGGAAAAAUAGACCCCAAGACUGGAACGCCUGAACCAAUUACUAUUCAGUCCAAGCUGUACUACGAUUAUGACGCCAAGAAACAGCGAGUAGACAGAGUGGUGGAGAAUGAUGACGGGACGACAUACAACCUCACUGUAUACGUCGAUUAUAAAGAGCAAAUAGCGCGCUCUAUUGUUUCGGGAACUUGUUAUGUAACUCGUCUUCACAAUCAACCAAUGCAAGAACCGUGUGUACCCGCGACAUCUACAUUCGUGGAGUCCCGUAUAUUGGGACCUGCUAGUAAUGGCGUCAGAGUCAACUCCUUCGUCGCCGAUCUUACAAAGGCCGCUAACAUCACCAUGAAGAUCUCUGUUACAGCAGACGACUGUACCCCCAUCUCGGCGUCAUCGUACGGCGUCAUUGAAGGAGCUAUUGAGGAGAUCACAUAUUUCUUCACAAACCUAGAUUACAGUUUACCUCAUCACGUGUUCCAUAUUCCCGCCUCUUGUCAUGGUGUUCACGUAAGUUUAUCUAAUCACGUGUCCCAUAUUCCCGCCUCUUAUGUAAUAAUCAUGGGAUCUGCCUCAUCCAAACGAAUACAUCCCUCUCAUACCGACUUGAAUGGGGAUUGCCCGAGGGCUGAGUCGGAGGACAAGUUUGCCGCUAUAGAUGAUCAUGCGAGAAAGGCACCAAAAAGGCUGAUGACGUCAGAUGAUGAUCUUGUCGCCUAUCUUUGUGAGGGGACAAAUGAUGACGUAAACAAAAUACGUGCAUUUUAUACGUGGAUUAUCACCAACAAAACUCAAAUACAAGCACUUUCAAAUGAUGAGAGGAAAGGGCAUGGGAGUCUAACAGAGAAGUUCAAUUCACUCACUAGAGUUGCGAAUAUUGAAUCAAAGAUAGUCAAAGGUUUCCACAAAGUUCCAGCGGAUCAGACAAACGCAAACCCCAAUAUCCAUGGAGACCACAGCUGGAACAUCGUUAAUUUGGCGGGAAAGUGGCACGUGGUUGACUGUCAAUGUGGCGCCAGUGAUAUUCGUUUAGAAUCUUUCUAUUUUCUACCUGACCCACAGCAAUUCAUCAGCAAUCAUUUUCCACUUGAUAUCGACCAGUUCUGGCAGUUAUUAACAGAGCCUAUUACACUUGAGCAGUUCAACCUAGCACCUCUUAUAUCUGAGUCCGCGAUCGCGCGUGGUGUUCGGGUAGUGUUUCCAAAGACCCGGGUUGUAAACGUUCGCCAUUCUUUUAUUGUUUCUGUGGACGACACACAAGCUGUGUUGACUGAUUUCGCCGCAGUCUUAAGUUCAGAAGACGGUCUCGCCCACAAUGAAUUCGUUUUCAUCUCUCGGGGCGGAUCCCACUCCUAUUUUGUGAACGUCAGACCCCCGUUUGUCGGUAACUUCCGCCUGACUAUUCUCGGUAAACUUUCAAGCACAAGAAUGGAACCAAUCACCGAGUUCCUUGUCACGUGCUCCUCAGUAAAGAAGCACCUGCGUAAGUUUCCAAAGGAAUACCAGUCAUGGGGAAUCGAACCCAGAUUUCCAGAAUUCACGGACGAAAUGUGUGCCAUUCCACCAGCCUUCCAAGAAGUGAAGGAUGGGAGUUUGGAUUUGUCCAUCUCUACAAAGACAAUGCUCGAUGUGUACGCCUCUCUGAGGUGGUUGGAGGAUGGCCGGAACUUUGACGACUAUAUGGGGACAGACAGCAGUCUCUCGGAGGUCAAACUGAAGUCACUUCUGCCAAAAAAAGGAUUCUACCGUUUGUGCUUAUACCUUAGAAGAGGGGAUAUUUUGUAUCCAGUGCUAAACCUUCUCCUGGAAAACAAGAAAGGGGUCCACUCGACACCUCCCAAUUUCAGUCAAAUCAAUAAAGAUAUACUUAUUUAAAUGUUCUGCAGAUCAAAACAAAAAGAUACCUCGAUCGCCAUUGAUAUA